CCUGACAAUUUGUCCCUUCCACGAUCCCGGUGAUAAUACAUUGUGUGGAAACAACACACAACACACUGUUGCUGUCGUGUGUGGCCUGACGACGGCUGACGAUGAUAACGACGUACGACUGACGUGGCUCUGAAAAUGUAACAUGAGGUUACUCCUUGCUCUGAGUCGAGUUUCGGCGCCCGACUCGUAAACUGCUAGACACUUUGUUCCUCAUAUCAUAUCAUAUAUUAUAUAGUGUAUUAUAUAGUUUUGGCUCCAAUAUGAAUAUAUUAGUCUUGAUAAGUGUUCAGUUGACUGACGGUGUAGUUUGAUAGUUUAAUAAUGUUGAUUUGAUUAUUAUUGUGUUGAGUUUGGUGCACGUGGUGAUGUUAUUUUAAAGAAGCUCGAUGAGAAAAUUGGUCAUGAUAUCAGGGUCAUUAAAUUGAGUUACAUUGAAUUCUUCUUGGCAAUUCAAAACGGAAUUAAUUAACGGGUAUUCUAUUUAUCUAUCAUGAAUGUACGUUGUUAUUGUUAUUUAUACUAUUAUUAUUGUUAUAUUCAUCAAUCAUGUUUGAUUCAGACUCCGAUUCUGAAGACAACAAUUUUCAAAUCGUUAUACGGAUUACGAGGUAUGGACGCGUGCAGAGCGUCAAGUUGUUGCCCCGGGGCGAGGAGUGCCCCGUGGACGGAGCCUCCGGUGGUUCACUUGGCGAGGGAAGUGAGGGUGGUUCUGGCACGGGCUCCGGGAGCGGAAGUGCCGGUGGUGGCUCGACGAGCAGCGGGGGUGCUUCAGCGACGGUGGCGUUCAUGGAUAUCAAGUCCGCAGCGAAGGCUCACGCGAUUGAGCACACCCUGGACGAACGAGCCCUUACAACCCAGUACUACGAACCUCAACUUAUUCAACACAGGUUUCCCUCACACGGUGAAGUGCACAUGAGAACUCACACCGGGGAGCGCCCGUUUCAGUGUGAAUUAUGUCUCAAGAGAUUUACACAAAAAAGUAGUCUCAAUACACACAAACGUGUCCACACUGGGGAGCGACCUUAUGCGUGUGAUAUUUGUCAAAAACGUUUUGCUGUUAAAAGCUACGUAACAGCACACCGUUGGAGCCAUGUUGCUGAAAAGCCACUUGUUUGUGAUCGUUGUUCACUUACAUUUACAUCUAAAAGCCAAUUUGCUAUUCACAUUCGUACGCAUACUGCCAGUACUACGUACGAGUGUAAUAUUUGUGGUCGUACAUUUGUACGUGAUAGUUACUUGAUUCGGCAUCAAAAUCGAGUCCACCGUGAUUUGAGCCAAAAUAAUUCUAAUCACAAUCCAUCAACUCCGCAGAGCAGUGGUGGUGCUACAACUCCUGGUACUGGAUUUGAAAGUCCUGUUUGUGAUUUACGUUACAGUGAAGGACCAUCAUCACUUGACGGACUCGGCGGUGGUAAAGGUAUAUCUUCUGAAAUAGCAACAUUAGCUAAACAUAACAAUCUUCAUCUUCCGGUACCACUUUUACAUCCGCAGACUAUCAACUAGUGUUUAA